AUGGAAGCUCUUCCAAACGAGUUACUGUCCCAUAUUUUCGGUUUUUUACAUCCCAUUUACGACAAUUUAGCUCGUCUGUCGCUUGUAUGUAAGCGGUGGAAGGCGGUCAUCGAAGAAACACCUUCACUUUGGAAAUGUAUACACUUCACGCGAGCGUAUCCUUUUUUCAUAACGAAAAAUGCCAAGCAUAGAGAGGUUCUUCGACAUUGCCUUUUGAAGUUUGGACGUUAUGUUACGUGUUUAAGGGAUCAUCCAAUUACAAGAACAUUCGCGGAACCAAGCCUACGGGACAUUCUCCCUAACUUGUCAAAUUUAACGUGUUUAGAUGUCCCUCUUUUAGAAUGGGAACCUCGAUUCUUGCAAUCCUUGACUUGCGCAAGCACGCUGGAGGAAUUGAAUCUGACAGAAUACCUUCUCUCAGAGCCACCAAAAAUACAAUGGCUGUUUCAGCAGCCAGAUUCACUAAAAAAGAACUUACUAACGUCUCAGCAUUUACAGGUGAUCCUCCUAAGAUUUCCUCGUCUCAAAAUUUUGAAACUUGCACUUGACUGUAUUGCGGUUCCGCCUCCCACUUUAACAUCUUUUCUGAACAAGACGAAUAUAACAGAGUUAGAGCUUUCAGGUUUUGGACUCACACCAUCUCUGUCCCAUCAUUUUAUUCUCAACCGCGAUAUGUGUUUGAGAACGAUUGCUUCUUCUCAACGACUCGCAUCUUUGAUAACGCGUUUGGAGCUUAGAACUUGUCCACUUUUUUACAGCAGCGACGACCUGCAGUCAAUGCUAAAACUCAUGAAGUCACUUCGCCAUCUUUUCGUUGGAGCUGGCUUGAUUCACCGGGACCCUAAGAGCCUGCUGUCUAUUGAAUCUUCCACCCUGAUUACACUGGGUAUAGAUGGCCUUCCAACGCUGAGAAUGCAGUGUCUUCGUUGCAAUACGCCUAAUUUAAGAGAAUUCAAGCUUGCAAAUUGCCGUGAUAUGACAGCUGUGUUUGUGUAUUCAACAAGCUUAGAAUCCAUGUGUUUACGAGAUCUUUACAGUGUUUAUAACUUGCAGACCACUUCGAUUCGGUUGAACCAUUUGGAGUUAUGGACAUGCCCUGAAAUGCCUGUUACAGCUCUACGAAAUUUUCUGAAGGAGCAUCAGACCAUACAAAAACUCUCUCUCAUUGGCGGACUGACGGGUCUUACCUUAUAUGGCUGUAUGUGCCCUCAUCUAAGCGAACUGAAAAUUAUGUUGUUUGAAGUUCAAUGGUUUAAACUCGGAAGUAUAAAGAUCGACUGUCCUUCCUUAAAGCGUUUCUACUGCGAUGGAAAUUGGCGAAAUCCUUUCACUAGAACUCCAGACGACUUUUCUGGAUUUCCUCGUGGUCUGUCAACCUGCUCUAUUUUCAUACGAAGCGGAAAACUGCAAUACGUGUGGAUUAACUUGCCCAAUGCGAGCACAAUUAGCGUUAAAUGUAAGCAGCUUGACAAUAUGAAUGUAACAAUUGGCGAGGAAGCAAGCUGCCUUAAGGAGCCAAUGGAGUUUGAAGUCAUUGCUGACAAAAUAAUUUGUCUCCACACAACGAACUGCAAGUUUUCACGCUAUCAUCUCCAAGCAACGGAUAUUGGGACAGUGACGCUGCGGCAAUGCGAAAUAUACAGCGAUGAAUCAAUACCACGGCUUAUUGUUCAUACAAAAUCAAUCAGUAAGUUAAUACUGGACAAUUGCCACAAUAUGGUAUUUGCAGAGCUUCGUGUCAAACCUAAAAAAGCUGCUCGUCACGUGUACAUUUACGAUUGCGACCGUUUGCGAAGCAUUGCGGUAACGCGUACUGGAAAGUCACUUCCAAAAAUUUCCAUCGUUAAUUGUAAGAAUCUCCAAGGUGUCGCAUCCGGAAGGCAAGAUGACUUUUCAAACGUUUUUAUCACUGAUUGUCCUUUAUUUAAUAUUCCCAAACGUUCGACAAAACUGUAA